CCUCUAAAACUUUCCUUCUCUUGCGAGCAAAGGUGGAAUUCUUCGGUUUUCUUUUUUUACGGCGAUAUGAAAGAGCUUCAGAUCUAGCGGGGAUUUGCGAUCCCUGAUAUCUACUGCGAAAGACGAUGGGAGCGUUGUGAUUGAAAUGGAUUCGACGAGGAGCUGGUUUAAGAAAUUUCAAAAGAGUAAAGAUGCGCUGAAACCUAGAGGCAAGAAGAAGAACAAGGAAAUGGAGGAUGCUGCGAGCGGACAGAAGCCGCCACUCGAUGAGGCCGUGCCUUCGGAGAUCACGAAGCAGAGGGUUGCGGCCGCGAAGCAGUACAUUGAGAACCAUUAUAAGAUGCAGAUGAAGAGCUUGCAAGAGAGAAAAGAGAGGCGGUUUAACCUAGAGAGGAAGCUUGCUGAUGCUGAUGUUUCCGUAGAAGAGCAUAGCAACCUCAUAAAGAACUUUGAGAAAAAAGAAACUGAAUACAUGCGGAUCCAGAGACAUAAAAUGGGAGUUGAUGAUUUCGAAUUGUUGACCAUAAUAGGCAGGGGUGCAUUUGGAGAGGUGAGACUCUGUAGAGAGAAAACCACAGGGCAUAUUUAUGCAAUGAAGAAGCUCAAAAAAUCUGAAAUGCUACGUAGAGGCCAGGUUGAGCAUGUAAAAGCUGAACGAAAUCUUCUUGCAGAAGUAGAUAGUGGUUGCAUUGUCAAACUUUACUGCUCUUUCCAAGAUGAAGAGUUUUUAUAUCUCAUAAUGGAGUAUCUUCCUGGUGGAGAUAUGAUGACUUUACUCAUGCGCAAGGAGACAUUGACUGAAGAUGAAGCCAGAUUUUAUGUUGGACAAACAGUAUUAGCAAUUGAAUCCAUUCAUAAACACAACUAUAUUCAUAGGGAUAUUAAACCCGACAACUUGUUACUAGAUAGAAAUGGACAUAUGAAGCUCUCAGAUUUUGGGUUAUGCAAACCCUUAGAUUGUAGUAUUUUCCCAAAUCUCAUUGAGACAGAGUUAGCAACGGGAGGGGCUAUGAAGCCUCCACUGGAUGGCAGUAAGCAUUUGAAUACCUCCACAGCGCCAAGGCGUACACAACAGGAGCAAUUAUUAAACUGGAAAAAGAAUAGAAGAAUGUUGGCUUAUUCGACUGUUGGUACCCCUGAUUACAUUGCUCCAGAAGUUCUGUUGAAGAGAGGAUAUGGAAUGGAGUGCGACUGGUGGUCACUUGGAGCGAUCAUGUUUGAAAUGAUUUUGGGCUAUCCACCAUUUUAUUCUGAUGAGCCAAUGUCAACAUGUAGAAAGAUUGUGAAUUGGAGAACCCACUUAAAAUUUCCUCCUGAUGCAAAGAUCUCAACUGAAGCAAAAGAUCUAAUCUGCAAGUUGUUGUGCAACGUAGAACACCGACUUGGAACGAAAGGGGCACAUGAAAUAAAGGCACAUCCCUGGUUUAGAGGCAUUCAGUGGGAUAGGUUAUACCAGGUGGAUGCUGCUUUCGUACCAGAGGUUAAAAAUGAAUUGGAUACUCAGAACUUUGAGAAAUUCGAGGAGUCUGCAACUCCUAUGCAAUCAUCUUCAAAAUCUGGCCCCUGGAGGAAGAUGCUUUCAUCGAAGGAUGUGAAUUUUGUUGGUUACACUUACAAGAACUUUGAAAUUGUGAAUGAACAUCAUGUUCCGGGCAUAGCCGAAUUGAAGAAGAAGAGCAACAAGCCAAAGAGGCCAUCAAUCAAGACUUUAUUUGAAACAGAAACUAUCACAGAGAAGAAACCGGUCCUAGGAAGCUUUCUGAACCUUCUACCAACACAAUUGGAGGUCCCCGAAAGCUCUCAGGAGUCAUUUGAGGAUUCCAACAAAUCUUCAUCAUACCAACCUCUAACCCAACGCAGAUAAUUAACGAGUUCCACUUGUAAAUUUUCGUGAUUCGCAGCCAAAGCAAAAGUGAGCAGGGAGAUAAAAUUUUGAAGAAAUGAUUUGCUUUUGCCGGAAGAUAAUUUACCUGUUUUGACCUGACAGAGUGCUUUGGCACAAAUGGACUCCAUCCAAUCUGCUGUAAAUUUCAUCCCACAAAUUGUAUUCUUUUGGUAUUUGCGUGAUGAAUUAAAUGAAGUUGUAAAUAUUAGAUGUGCUUUGUACAUGGAAAUGAUUGUAACUUGUGGUUAAUACAGUUGAUUAUACUGUUGCGGACAGACCGUAUCUCAUUGUUUCUUCUUUACGAUGCAGAAUCAUCGUGUUGUGGAAUAAAUUUUUUUUCUCUC